AUGGCGUUCUGGAAGAUUGGAGCUUGCUUUCUCCUGGGCGCGGCCCGGGCCGUUGACGGACUGCGUCCGCAGCAUGUCGCGAACCAAGAGGGCUGGAAUACCCUGCAGCAGCAAUUGAGCUUGAAGUCGCAGUCCGCCUCUGCCGCGGCUAUCGCGGACUACCCGGAGUACAACCUGUCCGUACCUAUUGAUCACUUCCACAACGAUUCGCGGUAUGAGCCUCACUCUGACGGCUCCUUCGAUCUCCGCUACUGGUUUGAUGCGAAGCACUACCGCAAGGGAGGCCCGGUCAUCAUCCUCGCGGCCGGAGAGACUGAUGCCAGGGAGCGUCUCCCGUUCCUCGACCACGGUAUCCUGUCCAUCCUCGCCAAGGCCACCGGAGGCGUCGGAGUCGUCUUGGAGCACCGAUACUAUGGCAAGAGCUUCCCUGUUCCCGAUCUCACCACGGAGAACCUCCGCUUCCUGAGUACCGACCAGGCUCUCGCCGAUACGGCGUACUUUGCCAAGCACAUCAGCUUCCCCGGUCACGAGGACUUGAACCUGACUGCGCCUGGCACUCCGUACAUCGCCUACGGAGGCUCAUACGCUGGCGCUUUCGCCGCGUUCCUGCGCAAGCUCUACCCCGAGGUCUUCUGGGGCGGCAUCUCUUCGUCAGGUGUCACGGCCGCCAUCGUCGACUACUGGGAGUACUUUGAAGGCGCCCGCCUGUUCGCGCCCGGAGAAUGCGCUGAAACGACCCAAAAGCUUACUCAGGUCGUCGACAACAUCCUCCUUGGCAACGGAAAGAAGGUCAAUUCUGACCACGUCGCUCAACUGAAGGAGCUCUUUGGCCUCAAGCCUCUUGAAGAUGCCGACUUUGCCAACACCCUGAGCUUCGGCAUUACCGGCUUGCAGUCGACGAACUGGGACCCGGCCCUUGAUGACGCUUCAUUCGGAAAGUACUGUGCGACGGUCUCUUCCGACAGCGUGAUCUUCGGCAGCACCCGUCACCUCAAGUCAUCGGGUGAGAAGCUGCUUGAAAUCAGCGGCGCUGACAAGAAGCUGACGAACCGCUUGCUCAACUACGUUGGUUAUGUCAAGGACUACGUCAAGCAGGGUUGCCCCGAUGGCAACCUGCUGAGGUGCUUCUCUAGCAAGAACGAGGCCAACUAUAACAACACCUCAAUCCGCCAGGGCGCGGGCCGAAGCUGGACCUACCAAGUUUGCACCGAAUGGGGCUACUUCCAAACUGGUUCUGGCGUGCCGAAGGACCAGCUCCCACUUAUCUCUCGCGCUAUCGAUGUCGAAUACAGCUCUCAGUAUUGCCGCAGGGCUUUCAACAUCACCAAGGACCCUGACGUUGAGGCGAUCAACAAGCACGGCGGGUUCAACUUCAGCUACCCCCGCGUUGCCAUCGUUGACGGAGAGGCUGACCCGUGGAGAGCCGCCACCCCUCACAAGAUCGGACUCGACCGCAAGUCGACGACUAGCGAGCCGUUCCUGCUGAUCCCUCUUGGCGUUCAUCACUGGGAUGAGAACAGUGUCAAGGAUGAAGAUGUCACGCCUAACUUCCCGCCUACCUCCAUCAAGGAGGUUCACGCCCAAGAAGUCAAGUUUGUGGAGGCAUGGAUGAAGGAGUGGGAGAAGGCGCACAGCGAUGGCGUUCAAGAGGGCAUGGUUUCUGAGGAGCUUUAG